GGCACCAAAUCCAAUAAACAGUAUAAACAACAAACAACAAACAACCUAUGUAUGCUUUAUGUUGAUUUCUGGUGUGACUGCGUGUUUCUGGUGCUCGAGUCCUCUCUAGGCUGUUUUGUUUCGGAAGUAGAAUGAGCUCGUACGUAGGGAACUCCUUUUGUAAGCCGACGCACGACGCGUCCUCUUUCACCAUGCACACUUUUGGCAACUAUGGGUCUCUCUCAGAGUUCCACCAGUCCAAUUAUGCUUACGGAGGGCUCGAUCUCAGUGGAGCUCUAGCCCCUCAAGUGUCCUCCAACUCCCCGAAACGGGAGGCGAUGAGCACACACGACCGUGCCAGGAUCAGCGCACCACCACCACAUCGACAACCCUGCGCAGCGGUGGGCUCCCCAAGCCCCGUUAGCACACGCGGGUACAACUUGCUCGGUCACGGACUGUUGAGCCAAAAAUCCGAGGAGAUUAUGGAAGUUACGGAGAAGCCCAGCGACAAGAGCCAGGCUGGAGAUGUGAAGCUGGAGAGCACUCCAACGAUCAAACAGCAAACUAAUUCGACUGAGCACCAGACCCAGUCGCAACCGCAGAUCUAUCCGUGGAUGACCAAGCUGCACAUUAGCCACGAAUCUGAUGGUAAAAGGUCACGAACCAGUUACACCCGCUACCAGACUCUGGAGUUGGAGAAAGAGUUCCAUUUCAACCGAUACCUCACACGGCGCAGGCGAAUCGAGAUCGCCAAUAACCUCUGCCUAAACGAGAGGCAAAUCAAAAUCUGGUUCCAGAACCGCCGCAUGAAGUGGAAGAAGGACUCAAAACUGAAAGUCAAAGGUGCUCUUUAAUGUGAUGGCAUGGUGAGAGAAUUAUGGCAUGGCAACGUGCCAAACAGGAUGGAAAUCCAACUUAAGUUUAUCACAGUACCUUCAAUGUUUGGAAAUUAUUUCAUGCCUUUUAAGUACAGGCCAUACAGGCCGUUUACGUGUUUGUAAAAUUGUCGUUAUGUAAUAUGUAUUGUCGCAUCACUUGUUGAGUUCAUAAGACUGCCAGAGAGGAGGGGCUUAUUUGGACCACGCCCAUUCCCGUUUAUUUUACAAUAUAGGUUGGUUGUGGAACUGUAACUAUAGUGGUUGGAGAGUUCAUUGUUUAUGGGUGAAGAAAAAGGAAAUAUUGUUUUGUUUCAAAAUGUGUACAUAUGUGACAUUCGAGCUUUGAAUAUGAAUUAAUUUGCCUUCUGUAUGUUACUUUUGUAUGUCUAAUAGACUAUGUCUGUAUAUUGUACUGUCUAACGUGAACGCAUCAACAAGACGAGCACAGUAAUGACGAACUGCACGCAACGCGAGUAACUGAGCAUAUAUUGUUAUAUUAUGCACUGUACGCUGCACUAUCACGCUAAGUCUUUGUGUUUCCUUACACUGUGGUUUUCUUUUGCUGUUGAAGACUGUAAAUGGUUAGUCUGACUUUCUACCAGUAAAGUAAACUAUUCGAGUUUGUUAGAACCAACAGGGGCGCGGUCAGUCAAGGGCUGACCAGUGAAAUGUUACAUAGUCCACUUUUUAUAAUUUUUUUUUAGUCUUCAAUUGGUAAGAAGUGUGACAUCAUGUGUUUCUCCAUUUUAGGGGCUAAAUACGUCUAAAUGCUUAAUUAUAGUUUAUAAGCUCUGUAUAUAAGUGAAAUAAUGUGGUGGCCUCACGAUGAAAUAAACUUACGACUGAA